UUCCACUUUAUUUCAUACUAAUGCAAUAGCCUCGGUGGGAGAGACAGAAAAGAAGCUGACAAAAUGGAUUUCGGAACACUACUCCAUAUGGCCAAGAAAAACAGUGAAACUAAUAAAAAUGAUGGAAAAUAUUACAGCACAAAAUUUGCUCCUCCCAAAAAGGAAUCAAAGGAAAAAAAAUUAUCGGACAACAUUAAAAAGUUCCUCCAAAAGAAGGAAGAAGAAGAAAGAGCCAAGCAGAGGGAGCAACAGGAAAAACUCAAUAACCUGUUGUCUAUGCGGGAUGAGAAAUCGAAAAAUAAAAUUCGGAAAAUGUUAAAAGUUACAAAAUCGGCCAACAGAUCGGUAUUGGAAGAUGCUGUCAAUACCGAACACACAGCCAUUACCAUGGCUGGGGUUGAUCAGCCAGAUGCGGACGAUUAUGGCUAUGUAUCAACGGAGGCUAACUCCUUUUUCCAGAAAUAUAUUGAUAAGGUUAAAGAUGUCAAAGAAGACAAAGGAUUUGCUCCAAGCAGACCACAAUCACUUAAAGAUCUCACAGGCACAAAGGAACGCGUUAAGGCUGCUAUCACCAGAGAAAUCGAAGAGAAAAACAGUCAUACACGUACACGUACUCCCAAGGAACAUUCAUCGUCCAGCUCUGGCGUGAAUGUAGCACGAUCUUAUCAAACCUCUAAAAACCUAUACGAUCCAGAAGCUGAACGCAGGGCGGAGGAGGAAGAGCGACGGAAACGUGAGGAGGAAAUUCGCAAAAAACGAAAAGAAAUCCAAAAGCGACCACCACCACCAAUGGAUUUCCAAGCCCUAUUGAAAUUGGCGGAGCAAAAACAACACCAGCCUAUUGAAAUACCCGUUGCAGUGCCCAAGAAAAAGGAACCCGAAAGACUUUUAACGUCACGUGAGAAACGGGAAAUGGAGGAACGGGAACGGGCUAAAAAGGCCAGGGAACAAAGGGAACGUGAACGCAAUGAGGAACCCAAAAAGAGUUCAAGCAAAAGCUCAGGAUCAUCUUCCUCCUCCGCCACGUCCACAAAUGCUGUGCAAAGAAUGGAACCAAAUGGCAGGAUACCGAAGCUUGGUCAAGCUGGGUCAUCGAAUGGUAGUAGUAAAACGUCAAGCAGUGCUGAUAGAAAACCUCUAAGCCAUGACACUAAAAAGUCCUCUAGCAGUUCAAGUUCAUCGACAAAUAGCAGCUCUAAACAUACCUCAAGCUCAAUUAACGGAUCGUCGUCAAAAAGCUCAACACACACAUCAUCAUCGUCAUCAAGUACAAAACCUAAACCAAGUGCCUCCAGUAGUAAUGCCAGCAAAUCAUCAUCCAGUAAUAGUAGCAGUAGCUCCAAUAAGGCAAGCAGUACUGCGGCCAUUAAAAACCCCUAUGGAACUACAAGCAAACAGCCAUACAAUGGCCCCGCUCGUGAAUUCCCACCACGUGAUCCCAAAUUAACAAAGACAAGAGAAUUUCCUCCACCUGAUGUGCAAAAGACCAGACAAUUUCCACCACCUGAUGUGCAAAAGACAAGACAAUUUCCGCCGCCAGAUGUUCGACGUGGCCCAGGACCCAGCAGUAAAUAUGGUGAUAGUAGAAAAACUUCAGCACCUAAAAGACGCAUUUUGGAUGAUGAUGACGAUUCAGAAUACGAUUCUGAAUUGGAUGAUUUCAUUGAUGAUGGCGACGAAGAAGAAGAUUAUUCCUCACAUAUCAAGGCCAUAUUUGGCUAUGAUAAGUCAAAAUAUAGAGACAUUGAUGAAGAAGAUGAUCGUAUGAUGGAGGCUAGUUUUGCACAAAUUCAGCGAGAAGAAUAUAUUAGUAAAAAGAUUGGCAUGCAAGAGGAUUUAGAAGAUAUGAAACUUGAAGCCAUGGAAAAGAAACGUAAAAUGAUGAAAAAACGUCGUCUUGCCGAUUAG